CAAGCAAAGCCAGAGCCACGCGAGGGGAUUGAUUCCUCCCUCCCAGCCCUGCAAGCCCAGCCCCUUUCCAGCAGCAGUUAUUACACAAAUGGACCACCGGGCUCUGCUCCAGCAGGCCUGAUGGAGGUGUGAAAGGGCAGAGGAGCCUUUCCUGCCCCAGGCGGGCGGGAGGGAGCGUAGAUUUUCACAGUGACCUUGGUCACCCUCCUGCAUUAGUUCCGCACCCUGGCUGUUUAGCAGGCUGUCUCUAUGGCUACCGGAAUAAACAGCAGAUAAUAGCGCUGCAGCCUCCAAGCAGCACUGCAGUCUGGAGACCAGGAGGGAGCAGGGCUUCUCCGGGUAGCCUGCCACAGCUCACCAGAGGCACUUCAGGCGGUCAGCAUGGCUGGAAGCACUGACGUGGCAGCGCUGGAAGAGAGCUUCCGGAAGUUUGCAAUCUAUGGAGACACCAAAGCUACAGGACAAGAAAUGACUGGGAAAAACUGGGCCAAACUGUGUAAGGAGUGUAAAGUAAUGGACGGCAAAGGGGUCACCGGCACAGAUGUGGACAUCGUCUUCUCCAAAGUGAAAGGGAAGACAGCCAGAGUCAUUGGUUACGAGGAAUUCAAAAAGGCCCUAGAGGAGCUGGCCCCAAAGAGGUUUAAGGGCAAGAGCAAGGAGGAAGCAUACGAAUCCAUCUGCCAGCUGGUGGCAGGGAAGGAUCCGACCAACGUAGGCGUCACUAAAGCUGCGACCGGCGGGGCGGUGGACAGGCUGACGGACACCACCAAGUACACGGGCUCGCACAAGGAGCGCUUUGAUGAGAGUGGCAAGGGCAAAGGGAAGAGCGGGCGGGAGAACAUUGUGGACACCAGCGGCUACGUGGGGGCCUACAAGAAUGCUGGCACCUACGACGCAAAAGUGAAGAAAUAGGGAGAAC